GCUCAAGUGGGGAGGUGCGUGCGCGCCUUCGGAAGACGCAUCCCAAAUACAUACAAAUUAAACUACUUUGUGAGAAAGGAGAGAAAGGGAUCUAAGAUUUUAAGUUUGAUCGAGGAUGGGGAUGAUAAUCAACGCCGUUCUCCUUCUUGCUACACUCUGUUUUACAAGCAGCAGAGCAGAGAGUGCUGAGGAGCGGCUGGUUAAUUUCUUGUUAGGUCCUGAACGCUACAACAAACUGAUCAGACCGGCUGUCAAUAAGAGCCAACAGGUCACCAUCUCUAUUCGAGUGUCACUGUCUCAGCUCAUCAGUGUGAAUGAGCGAGAGCAAAUAAUGACGACCAACUUGUGGCUGUCUCAGGAGUGGAAUGACUAUAGGCUGAGAUGGGACCCAGAAAAAUUCGAAGGCAUAAAGAAACUUCGAAUACCCUCCAAACUCCUCUGGCUUCCUGACAUUGUGCUGUACAACAAUGCGGAUGGUGUGUAUGAAGUGUCCUUCUAUUGCAACACUGUGGUCUCCAACACGGGGGACAUUGUUUGGCUCCCCCCGGCCAUCUACAAAUCAGCCUGCGCCAUUGAGGUGCAGAACUUUCCCUUCGACCAGCAGAACUGCACCCUCAAGUUUCGCUCCUGGACGUACGAUCACACAGAAGUUGACCUGAUUCUCACCAGUGACUUCGCCAGCCGCGAUGACUUCAAACCCAGUGGAGAGUGGGAUAUCGUCUCACUCCCAGGACGGAAAAAUGAGGACCCGAAUGACAUCACUUACCUUGACAUUACCUAUGAUUUUGUUAUCAAGAGGAAGCCGUUGUUUUAUACCAUUAAUAUGAUCAUCCCUUGUGUGCUGAUCACCUCUCUGGCUAUUCUUGUGUUUUACCUGCCAUCAGACUGUGGCGAGAAGAUGACCUUGUGCAUCUCAGUGCUGCUGGCACUCACUGUGUUCCUGUUACUUAUUUCAAAGAUUGUACCGCCCACCUCCCUUGCAGUACCUCUCAUUGGUAAAUACCUGAUGUUCACCAUGGUGCUAGUCACGUUCUCCAUUGUGACCUCCGUGUGUGUUCUGAACGUCCAUCACCGCUCACCGUCCACUCACCAUAUGCCUGAAUGGGUGAACCGCCUCUUUCUAGUACAACUUCCUACUUUGCUUCUUAUGAGGCGUCCAGGUGCGACUAAAGUCCGUGACAAGCUCAGGCGGAAGUAUGGUGACCGCAACGCGGCCAGAAAAAGUCCUUCUCAGACUGCAACUGAUAAACAUCGUUUCUCAAAUAUAAGACUUGGUGGGAUUCAAGAAAAUUCUGACUCAUUCUAUGUGAAUGCGGACUGGGCCCACAAGUAUUGUUGGAGGGUGGGAGACAUCCCGGAUGCAAGUGGUGGAUGUUCAGACACCCCGAGGCCUUUGCGCUCUCAAUGGGAUGCCGACCUUGAGGAGGCAGUGGAAGGUGUGAAAUACAUCGCUGAGCACAUGAAGACAGAAGAGGAUGAUGAAGGAAUAAUAGAGGACUGGAAGUAUGUAGCCAUGGUGAUAGACCGUUUGUUUUUGUGGAUCUUCAUCCUGGUGUGUGUGAUAGGAACACUCGGGCUCUUCAUGCAACCUCUGUUCCAAAGCUACAACACACCAACUGCUGAUGAUGCUGAGUAUGGAGAUUUCUAGGAUGCAAGAAUAAAAUCGUCUCUCAUUGACCAGAGCUGGCACACUAUACCUACAUAUAUCCUAUACCUAUAUACACUAUGCUUUUCUGAUCUGCUAUGUUGGUGGAAAUUACACUUUAAGCUCUGUUGUGCAGUGGCAGCUGGAUGAGUUUUCUCUUCCAGCGAUAUGGACAGAUUUGUACAUACGGUACAUAUGUACAUUCUUUUAAUUAUAUGUCAUAUGUAUGACAAAUGUGAAAAUAAGUCAUAGUUUCUAUAUUGAAAGCUUCAAGGUAGAAACUAUGACAAGGAAACUCUUUUAGCCUACCUUUUAAUUUGAAUAGACUGCACUUACACUGCUCUACCACCUUAACAGGCUUCAUGACUCAGUAAAUUGUUACUUUGUUCUACUUUUUAACACAAUGUAAUCGUAGUCUUUUGAAAUAGAUGGUUAACUUUCAUAAUGUAGAGACUAAAUGUUAACUACAGCAGUGGUAACUUUCCCAUUUUUAGUUCAGUCCUACUAUGAAAUUAGGUUUAACAAACACAAAUGAUUUAAUGAGGUGUAUGUUUUUGCUGUGGCACUACUGGCACAAAAAAAAUGUAUGUAUGAAUUUAUAUUCUAUCUGUUGUUCCAUUGCCAGGCCUUGAAAUAUAAGAUUAAAAAGAGGCAUAAAUUGUAAUGUUGGAUGUUAUACAAAUUUCACUACAUGUUCUAAAAUGUACUGUACAAAGUCUUGGCCACUUCCUUUGUUCUAUACUCAACAGUGGAUUCAUUUUGACAUUGUAAACCAGUAAAUAGCAGGACAGAUAGCAUUACACAACAUUUACAAAUCCCUCAAAAUCUUACUUUAGGGUAGGGUGCAAAAAAUGCACCGAUACAGGUAUUUUAAAGUAUGCUUCUUCUUCUAGUAGGCAAUAACAAGGCUGUACAACUGCCUUGAACAUCGUUGAAUAGGUUUUGAGAAGUGAGUAUACUUGUUAAUCAGUUAACAAAAAAAAAACCUGUGUAAUCACUGACGGUAUGUUGAAUAAAAUUGAUGUAUGUACAUGUUUUGAUGUUUUCUUUAAAAUGCGUUGAUCUGAGAAUGAGUAAAACUAUUAAUCUGACAAGUGGAUGAUUUCAAUAAUUACGCUUUUCCUCUGUUGCCGGAAUAAUAACUAAGCAGGUCAGUACAAAUGAACCUUCUCAGUCUGUCACUGAUGGACUCCCCUUUCGAUGGCAUCUGAAGGAAACACCCCAUGCGUGUCUCACCCAUGUUUGUUUGCAUGGCUGAGUUCACCAGGCUCAAGCGUAUAGGAGGAGGGGCUCAGACAGAACAAGAGGUUUGAACCUGACUAGAUAUAUGCUUAAAAUCAAACCAGGCUGCGAUGUGCUAUGAAUAAAUAAAGUCACUUAGUCAAUAAAUCACUUAGCCCUUCUUCACAAGCGAUUGUUCAAUGCUGUGC